AUGGAAGCUUGUAAGAAGAAACGGGUUGCAAUCAAGAAGACCAACGAUCCCUGGACAUUUCUGGAGCAUAUUGAAGCACCUAUGUGGGUGGAUUUGACUGUUGAAGCUAUAGCUGGUGGUGUAGGCUCAGGUGAUGAUGAAUGGCUCAACACAAGUCACCCGUUCCACCAGAUGUCUGCUCGAGAGUUAAAAUCUAAGUUUUCUCAGGGUGAGGAGAUAUUGGCGCCAGUAGUUGAUUUGCUAGGCGAAAAUUCGCCUGAGCUUCCUUCUUCGGUCUCGAGAUCUAGAGGCAAACACUACAACAACAAGAAGUGGGAAGGUAUUGAUCUGAAUACUUUGUUGGAUAAACAGAUGGGUUUAAGUAGGAGGAGAGUGUUACAACAACGUUCCAGAUUUGACCAAGAAGUGAAACCCAAAUCAAAAUCAAAUGAUAACAGGACAACAAGACCAUUGAGUGGGAAGUUUGGACUGACGUUUGAACGGCAUGCCAGAGGAAAAACUGAGUCAAAGAUCAGUUGUAGCAAACCGGUUAGUAGUUCAAGUUCUGAUCACAAGACUAGUGAAAGCUCUGCAAGGAGCACAAUUACAUCUGAGAACACUCGGAAAUAUAGGGAGGUAUCUAGCAAACCAUUCUAUCAGAAAAGAAGUUCAUCAAUUAGGAGGAUUAGUGUUGGGAAAAGUUGUAUUACGAGAAAAUUCUCAAGCAUUCAGCCACGAAAGAAAUGUUUGGAGUUAUGUAGUCAACCAUCUGAUCAGAAGAGUGGAAGUUCAUCCGUUAUUAGCGUUAGGAGAAGUUAUGCUUCAGGAAAGACUUCAAAAGUGACAAUCAGUGAUAAUAGCACGCAGUCAAGGGGUCGUAAAUCAUCCUCCAGUAAGUCUAGUUUUGGGUCAUGUUCAAACCCCAGUAAUGAAGCUAAGCUUGUAUCAAGUCAGCAGAGAGAGAAAAUCACAGUUGAGAAAGGUGGGGUGACAAUGAAUCUUACAAUUAAGAAUCGUUGCAAGCCAGUUGAAAUAUUGAAGGCAUCUGUCAUUUCAGCUGAGGAAGCAAAAUUUAGUAACAUAAAGGAAAGUAACAUCAAUUUUGCAAAGCCAGCAUACCAUCGAACAGCUAAGUCAUUGGUCCAAUAUCCGUCUACAAGUUCAAAGGCAUUGUUUCAACACGCAGUCAAUAAAGAAAACAAUUGUAUAGGUGGUGCCAAGGAGAAAGUAAGAACUACCAAGAUUAAUAGUUUGAUAGGCAAGGGGAAAGAGAAUGUCAGAAAGAAUGUGACUGUGGAUCAGAAAUGCAUUGCAAGAGGUGUUUCUGCAGGGGAGCGUGUUAGAAGUCAUAGAACUAAUGAUCACAACCCACAAAAGUGUGACACAGCUUUGACAAUAGUUGGGAAGAGACACCAAACAACGUGA